GAGAAGUUCAGGGUCGGAAGGCAGCAGCACCCGGCCCCGGCCCCAUGGAGGCUCGAGGGGAGCUGGACCCGGCCCGGGAAUCGGCGAGCGGUGACCUGCUGCUGGCGUUGCUGGCACGGAGGGCUGACCUGCGCCGAGAGAUUCCGAUGUGUGCCGGCUGUGAUCAGCACAUCUUGGACCGCUUCAUCCUUAAGGCUCUGGACCGACAUUGGCACAGCAAGUGUCUCAAGUGCAGUGACUGCCACAUACCUCUGGCUGAGCGCUGCUUCAGCCGCGGGGAAAGCGUCUACUGCAAAGAUGACUUCUUCAAGCGCUUUGGGACCAAGUGUGCCGCAUGCCAGCUGGGCAUCCCGCCCACACAGGUGGUGCGCCGCGCCCAGGACUUCGUGUACCACCUGCAUUGCUUUGCCUGCGUGGUUUGCAAGCGGCAGCUGGCCACGGGGGACGAGUUCUACCUCAUGGAAGACAGCCGGCUGGUGUGCAAGGCUGACUACGAAACAGCCAAGCAGCGAGAAGCCGAGGCCACAGCCAAGCGACCGCGCACGACCAUCACCGCCAAGCAACUGGAGACACUGAAGAGCGCCUACAACACUUCGCCCAAGCCGGCGCGCCACGUGCGGGAGCAGCUCUCCUCCGAGACCGGCCUGGACAUGCGCGUAGUGCAGGUGUGGUUCCAGAACCGCCGAGCCAAGGAAAAGAGACUGAAGAAAGACGCGGGCCGGCAGCGCUGGGGACAGUAUUUCCGCAAUAUGAAGCGCUCCCGCGGCAGCUCUAAGUCCGACAAGGACAGCAUCCAGGAGGGACAGGACAGCGACGCCGAGGUCUCCUUCACUGAUGAGCAGUCCAUGGCAGACAUGGGGCCUGCCAAUGGCCUGUACAGCAGCCUCGGAGAGCCCACCCCUGCCCUGGGCCGGCCCGUCGGAGGAGGUCUCGGCAGCUUUGCGCUGGAGCACGGAGGCUUGGCAGGUCCAGAACAGUACAGAGAGCUGCGCCCAGGAAGCCCCUAUGGCAUCCCCCCAUCUCCUGCAGCCCCCCAGAAUCUUUCUGGUCCCCAGCCUCUCCUCUCUAGCCUGGUAUACCCAGACACCAAUUUGGGUCUUGUCCCCUCAGGGCCCCCAGGUGGGCCCCCACCCAUGAGGGUGCUGGCUGGAAAUGGACCCAGCUCUGAUCUGUCCACGGAGAGCAGCGGUGGUUACCCCGACUUCCCCGCUAGCCCUGCCUCCUGGUUGGAUGAGGUAGAUCAUGCUCAGUUCUGACCGAGGCCCCCAGUUCCCCUUGGCUCUAACUCAGGGGUCUUGGUGCUGCCUCUGGGUGGGCAGCUAGCCCUACCCCAUGUUGUCCAUCCCAAGGACCUCUGAGGGAAGGACAGCGUUCCCAAGUGGGAGAUUAGGGACUGCCCCACUGCCAGGCUCCCUGGC